AUGGAAGGGAUGCGUAAUAAACAUGGAUCGCACAGCAUAGUUGUUAAGACAGAAUCUAAAUACAAUAAUGUACCACGUAAAUACAAUGUAGUUGUGGCCGGUGAAAGUGGAGUUGGUAAAACUUCAGUGAUCAAUGCGAUAUUUGACAAUAUGCAGUUAGCUACAUCUUCGGGUGCUGUUGGUUGCACCGAUGAGUGUCAUUCAGUUCGAGAUUCACCCAAAGACUAUCCAAGUAUCUUUUUGAGAAUGGUUGAUACUGUUGGUUUGUAUGAAAGUUUAGAAGGCACUGUAUCAUCCCAAAAAGCAAUGGAGAUGUUAGAUAAAAAAUUGGAAAGCUUAUAUGCAACCGAUGGUAUUCAUUUAAUUUUAUUUUGCAUUCGAAAAGGUCGUCAAUCCCAGCAAACAAGUCAGCAUUAUAAAAACAUUGUUCAUGAUUUGUGUGAAGAUCAAGUGCCAUGUAUAUUAGUAAUAACUCGUUGUGAAGACGAUGAUCCUUUAGGUGAAUGGUGGGAGAAAAAUAAAGUCAUAUUAAUUGAAAAACUGCAAUUCCAUGUGGAAGAUGCUGUAGCUAUGACAACAUUAAAAAAGGAAGAAAAUUUAGAAGACUACAAUGAAUCAAGAAUGAAACUGAUCGCAGCCAUUGAAAAAUAUGCUUUGAAGGAUCCAUGGCGUGCUAAAGACUUUAAACAGAAACUAAGCUCCUUUUUUAGAAACAGAAUCACUCGUAGAUCGAAUGUGCCACCGAGACAAUCGGAUCCAUUAAUGGAGCAUUUACAAAGACCAAUGGGCGCACCUGCGACUGCAAAGUCACGAUGGUCAUGGCUUUACCAGAAAAUUAAAUGA